CAGCGCGGCGGGGGCAUGGCGGAGUCGCCGCAGCCACCCGAGGGCUCUGGCGAUGGCGCGCAGCCGCGGGGGCACCCUCCGGAGCUGGAGCUCCUGCGCCGCAUGCGGGGCGCCCUGGCCGCGACCGCCCGCGCGGGCCCGGCCGGCGCCGCCCCGGCGCACGCCGCGCCCGGUUCGGACUUUGCGCGCCUGCCGGCCGAGUCCUGGGCGUGCGUGGGGGCGCUGCUGCCCGACGGCUGCGCGGCGCGGGGCGCGGCGGCCGCGCGCGCGCUGGCGGGGGCGCUGGCGUCCGAGGAGCAGUGGCGCCGCCGUGCCGCGCGGGCCUGGCGGCAGAACCCCGGGGGGCUGCUCUCGCCCCCCGAGCUGGAGUCGCUGCUGCACGGGCCGGCCUGCUCCCGGCGCGGCUACGCGGCGCGCAGGGCCCUGCUGAAGGGGCAGCGGGUGGCGCUGCUGGCCGAGGGCCGCGAGGCGGCGGCGCUCGCGCAGCUGGUGCGCUUCUUGGGCGGCAGCGUGGGCGGCGGCGGGCGCGGCGGCGGGGGCGGCGAGCGGCGCCCCCGCGGCGGCGCCUGGCCAGGGGACGGCGGCUGCGACCUGGCACUGCUGGGGCGCCGGGGGGGCCUGUGCCUGCGCCGAGCUGCGGAGGGGGGCGCCGUGGGCCCGAUGCCGCGGGGCUGCCGCGCGCUCUCGGGCAGGUGGCUCGCCGCGAGCUGCGUGGCGGGGCGGCAGCUGCCCGCCCACCGCCCGGGCUGCCCCUCCGACGGCUCGCGGUUCAGCCUGCCGCGCUCCUGCAUCGGGCCAGGCGGCCCCGCGUCUCCGGAGGGCAGCCCCCAGAUCUGCUGCUUCGCGCCGCGGCUCCUGGAGGGCCUGCUGCUCUGCGCCAGCGGACUGCCGGACCGGGCGCGGGUGGCGGCGACCGUCGGGGCCCUGGGCGGGGACUUCACGGAGGAACUCAGCCUCGGGCGGACACCCCGGCCCCGGUCCACCAGGGACCACACGCACCUCAUAGCGGGCACCGCGGCCGGCCCGAAGUACGAAUUCGCCUGCGCCCACCGCAUCCCCGUCGUUGGGCGGGAGUGGCUGGACGAAACGCUGCGGUCGGGCACUCCCAUGCGCGAGAGGUGCUUCCCG